AUGGCUUUUCGUUCGUGGGAUCUGUACGAGUUUCCACUAUUGCAGCAAACAACUAAGCAUUCGUGGGCCAUCAAGACCGCUACUCAGCUUGAGAAGCCACGAUAUGUUAUUUUUGCUCUGCAGACGGGUCGAAAGAACAUUGUGUCCGAGGAUCCAAGCCGAUUCGAUCAUUGCAAAUUGACAAACGUGAAACUGUAUCUGAACUCGGAAUGUUAUUCAUACGACGAUAUGAACUUGGAUUUCGAUAAAAAUAAAUGGGCGAUUCUGUACGACAUGUACGCGCGUUUCUGCAAGGGUUAUUAUGGAUACAAGUAUCUCGAGCCGAACCUCACCACUUUAACUUUUUUACUUAACGGUCCAUUCGUAAUCAUCGAUUGCGCUCGACAGAACGAAUCGGUCAAGAGCGCAACCGUGGACGUGCGCAUAGAAUUUGAAUGCAAAGAGAAUGUGUCGACGAAUACCACCGCGUACUGCUUCAUCAUACACGACCGCGUGGUUCAGUACAACCCAUUGACAAACGUUGUGCGUAAAAUCACCUAA